AUGUCACAGGACGAUGAAACCCGGCUCUCACAGAAUUCCCUGGCUCCUCCUGCAGAGAUAUCGGGUCCUAGCACUCCCACAAAACGGUCUCAUCUUUCUACUUCUCCGGAGAUGAAUCUUAGAGCUAGUAGCCACUCGUCGCACUCCGACAAAAGUAAAAUCCUGUCACCCCCAUCGUUAUCUCCAUCAGAUAUGACUCCGCCACCGUCUGCGCAAGUCCCCGAUGCCCCAUCUCAACAGUCAAGAUCUCGAUCGAUCUCAUACCUUACAUCCCCACCAGAUAUCAAAAAGACCCUCUGCGACGCCUAUGGGGCUUCUGAAAAUCUCCCAACUACUGGGGAGAUUGAUGCCGCAGAUGAACUGAAGCUGCGUAUGAUAGCUAGAGAGUUACUGAGCGUAGCUCAGGAAGCUCGCAUGUCAGCGCUGCACUUCAAGCUACAGAAUAGCCUGUUGUCUUUUACAAGCAACGAGGCCAUAAAGCGUGCAGAAGUUGAGCAUCAGUUGGCCCGAAGAGAGGUGGAGAUCCUGCAGAGCUCUGAGUAUCGCGGUCGCCAUUCUGAAAGCAAGCCACACCAGCCAAUUGCCAAUGUGGAAUUGGAACUCGCUCUCAAGCGUAAUCAGGAGCUCGAGAGAACCAAUACUACCCUAGAUCGGAGACUUCGCCGAGCGAAGAAACUCAUUGAACAGGAAAGAGAGAAGGUAGACCAACUGGGAGAAGAGAAUCGUUUGUUGAAAAAACGCAUUAAGGAUAAUCGCGAACACUUCUCUUUGAUGAUUGAGAAUGGCUCGUUGUCACCCAGUCCGCAGAUGGAAAUUCAGACCCCUCAUAGGAUAUCUUUUCCUCAGUUUGCGGACAGCGGUCACCACUUAAUGAACAGAGGCGAAAACAAUCAUCCGUUCGCCGCCCUCCUUGCUGCAGAUAAGGUCCUGAACAGAGAAUCACCUAGUAUCACGUCCACCCCUAAUCGGACUCGUGCUCAGAAGCAGCAUACUAGUGGGCAUAUGCGAGGGUCUCAUUCACUGUCGUCACUUCCUAUGACACCGGCUAGGUCUCGGAACACCCGACAAGAAGAUCAAUAUUACACGCCGGGGAAGGAAACCUCAGACGGACAUCGUGAUAGGGAUAGCACCAUUUCGGCAUCCGAUAUCGAGGAAGCUGAAACAGAAGAAGACAUUCCUGCUUCGCAGACUGGUGCCAUUGCAAAGAGUAUGUUUCGGAGCAGUGCUUCGGGCAACAAUCUCCAGGAUACUCGAAGUGUGGCGAAUGCGCCCAAAUCCAGUGCCCUUUUACAGACGAAACUGUUUGGCCAGGUGAAGAAAGCUGGCGUUAACCGUCCUUCGAACGAUCUCAAACGCAAAGCAAGUUUGGAUGGUGCUGCCUCCAAAAAAACAAAAAUAGAGGACAAAGUGGGUCUCGGUAUUGGCACAUAG